AUGGAGUAUGCCAAUGUUCAUGGUACGUCAUUAACCUGCCUGCAUUUUCAACCCACAGGCAUUCUAAAAUACACACCGGACUUGCAAUUAACGACUCUUCAACAUACCCUGCUUCCAUCACCUUUUCCAUCAAAAUCAUUUCAGCAGGCGAUGGUCCUGCAAAAGGAUUUCAACAUACUUUACAAAAAAGUUGCUGCUGAUCACAGUUUUCUUGCUUCAACUCUCAAACCGUAACUCACUAUCCGUCCUUAUCUGUCUAGAGCACUUGCGUAUGACCCCUACCUGGCGUCACUUUGGCGCCUGUAUGAUGCUGAGCAAACCUUAGGACCCGUUCAAGUAAGGCCUUUGAUUCGACCCCAUUGUUCUCCUCAAAGAAAAUUAAGCUGUCACUCAGUCGGUCCGACUACAUGCUCCACCUUAGCGAUGACGCGCCUCAGGUGAAUGAUUCCCGUCACUUGGCAGAACGCGUUAUGCUCAAACAGGUGGAGUACAACCUUAUCGCUUCGAGCUUUGGUGGAAUUAUGGAGAGGCUUGUACAGCAACAUCAGCUCACCCUUUCUAUUCUCGGUCAUGACUCGGCCAAUCAGGUAGUUGCUGAAUUUCCAUACAACCUGCCUUCCUCAUUCCUUUUUCUAGCUUCCACCCUGUCCAUCUGCCACUGGUUUUGGUCGUGCAAUUGUGCGAGCUUUUGAAGAGUAUUGCAAACUCUUGCAAUCGUGGGCUGUUAACAUUGACAAACAGCCUGCGGUUCUCAUUGUUAUCUCACCUCUUGAAACCAACGUCUUUGACCAGCGAAGUAUUGAGUUAUCAGUUCUCCAUCUGAAUCCAACCAUAAAAAUCCUAAGACGAACCUUUGCGGAUCUUUCCAAGGUUUCUAAGAGAGUUCACUGUGAUGACAAGCAUCGGCUGUUUGUGUAAGUUAUGCGCCGAGUUUUCUGGACACUACUGUUGACAUUCGCUUUUGCUUGUUUUUAUGAUGCUGAUGGUGUCUAGUAGGCCGACGCUGUCGAAUGAGGCCAUUCAAAAUUAGGGCCCACAGCGUACUUAUCCAGCCUGCAUUCUUUGUCGAUCCUAAACAAGUUGUCACAGUGGGUCCAAGCGCAGACUGGCGACGACCUUUGGGAUUUCAUUUUUUACAUUCCAGGAGCAGCUAUCAAUGCAUGACGGAUGGCGAACCUCUCUUCAUUGAAGGCCAACUCUGAGACAAGCAGACCUCUGCACUUUCAUCCCAACGGUUACAAUGCUGCUCAGAUGAGGAGGAUUAAGAAUCGGCGCAUUGGUCGCCCUAUAGAACUUGUCAGUUUGAUAACAGCCCAGGGAUAUGCUGACCUUCAGCCUCCAGUAACUAGGUUUGCUGGCCACCGUCUAACCCUUAGUUUCCAACGAGCCAAAGCCGCUGAGGAGAUGACAAGGAGCAAGCAAGCCUGAAAGUUGUUGGGAACCCACCUGUACCGAGAGGUCCGAGGAGGCGUUAUAAACAAAAAAAAUCAGAGCAUAACAUUGUGGCGCGUGCCUUAGCAUCGGCGGCCACCGAGGCAUUCCGCUAUCCUGCUCCCCUCUGGCGAACGAGUACUAAAUAGACUCAGCUUCUCAAUCGUGGACGAGCUCUUGAUAUUGGAUAUUAGAAUGUGCGAAUUUUAGUCUACUCUUGUACCUAAAGUCCGACUGCAUUCAGUCUUUGCCAUCACAACUUUUCUGCUACUCAUAUUGCAAACUCUAGCUUUCGGAGAUCCCCAUAACGAACUAUCUCCGCUAUCGAAUUUGUACGUGUCCUUCCUGUGGUAAGCACGGUCCGGUAAUUACCCUCUGGAAAUGGUGGACGGAUCACUGCUUGCUUGAGAAGCGGUUAAUAGUCUUUAGUGUUUGCGCGACAGAAAGGGCCCUUUGCCAAUAUCUCUGUCGUCGCCGUCUGCUCCUCUCGCGUGCCAGUAAUGCCAGUGGCGUUUAUAACGCGGACGAUAAUGACUCAAAACCAGUCGUGGCUCCGACCGUUUCACGAUCCAUUAAGCCACUUACUGUUUAGCCUCUUAUUUAUUGCACUUUUCGUACUUUGCUCUAGGCCAUCUCUCGCAUGUCGUAUGUUUUAUUGCAAAAAUGCAGUGCUUUUUCAUGGUAUUGCGCCUAGAGCACACUACUUACUUUAUUCGAAGGCUUUCGUCCAUUCACUGAAGGCCUAGUGUGUGUGCAUUGUAAACUUUUUUGAUCAUCACUACCUGGUCAGCUUGUAGCCCGGUCUUUUACUUGUGAAUUUUGGAGCUGGAGGGAUUGCUCUGAAACAAACCCUGACUCUUAAAACCUGUGACCUUCAGUCACAUAGAUUCACUUGAAUCUUGGUACCCAGUGAUCACUCCUCGGCUGGUAAGAGAAACUUCUUUCGUUUAUUCGCUUGUUUUUCUUCAGAAAAUACCUUAGGAGUUAAGCAUGCCUCUCAAAACCUACCACACUCUAUUUCCACAACAGCCGUUUCUAGGAGACGAGAUGGGGCGUUAACCAACGUACCUUGAUUUUAGACCGGAAAUGCACAUUUUAUGUCUUACUUUACAGCUCCCUGUAUAAGUGACUUAUGACGCCUAGUAAACCGAAAGCGGUUAUUUCAGUGUCCUUCGUCCCUUGCUGACAACGUUGAUGAGGAACGCACAACGUGAGCAUCGCUUGCAGAAUCGAUAGUAAAAGCUCAUUCUCGAACUCAACAAUCAUCGGCUUACUACUUACUUGUGCUUGAUACGGCUGCGAUCAUGCCUGAUCUAGCCGGCCUCGAUGAUGCCACGAACUGUACCUCUCCACGCGUGACGAACCGCGGCAGCAGAUCUGGACAGCUCAUCCCAUUCCCAUCGCCAACGGCGUAGACCGAAUAUCGAAGGUCCAAGAACCACCUCCAUGUCUUGACAAACUGUGUCAAGUCAGGUUUUGAACUGACCCCCUCCUCGAAGCCUCAAAUGGGGCAACGGUGCCGAAUCGAGGGCAGUAACACUGAGCUCCUGAGGUGGACGACGAAGAACAUGCCCGAACCACAUCAGUCGUCUUUCUUGGAUGGCCUGAGUUAUCCUUGCGAUGUUUUUGCAGCGAGCGCGGACUGUCUCAUUUGAGACGAAGUCGGUGAACUUCACUCGGAGGAUGGUCCUCAAGCACUGGUGGUCAAAUACCCCCAGUUUUCGCUCGUCCUCCACGCACGAAGCCCAGCAUUCACAAUCGCAGAAAGAGACAGACCGGACAGAUGCACGGUACACGCAAAUCUUAGUGGCGACAGAGAGGUCACGUCAGAUCCAUAGGCAUUUCCGAAGGCAUGAGAAAACCCAGCGGGCAGCAUCGAUUCGGGAGACGAUGUCGUCUUUACUCUGUCCAUUAGGCAGCAGCCUCGCCCCGAGGUAUUUAAUGCUGUCUACUUCUUCAAGUUGACAGCCAUCAAUCCCCAGGGGUGCCUUCUCCUGGUCAGGGAUGCAGCUUGAGAAUACUUUGGUCUUCCCAGCGUUUAUGGACAAACCGACUGAUUUAGCGACCUCGUUCACCCGUGACACCAUAGACUGCAGAUUGUUUAGAAGAGUUUUACUAGCAGCGACACAAAGAAAAUUAUGAAGCAGAAUGUUUACGCACUCAAACUUCGUGAGUCCGAGAUCCUUCGCUUUUACACGACUCUUAAGCCAGACGCGCCUCACUUGCCCACACUGCCCCCGGACAUUCGGAUACCGCAGGGGUCUUAUCGCUAUUCGCCGCAGUCAACCGACAUCCACCAACCGAAAACUACACACGAAAGUUCGACCAUCGCGUCCGACGACGUGCGUCGUGAGCUAAACAGCAAGGUGCAGCAGGCACGAUGACUUGCGCGUGAAUUAGUUUAUAGUAAUACUUGAAUUACUCAGCAUCUACUGUACUCCCUCCUAACCCCCCUCCACCUGGACCCGGUGUCAAGACAGAGUCAAGAAGACCGGAGGUGGGUGAGGGCGCAGGUGGAUGGCACGGUCGAGCCCGCACCUUGGCGCUCCAUUCCACAUCCCCUGGUCCACACAGCAAACGACCAGGUUUUCGAUCAACAACAACAAUGAGGGACGGCAGGGGUCCCAGUGUGCUCGACGUCUGCCGGCAACCGGGUCUGCCAUUGCAUCCCGAAAUGUUGGCAUUUGUUAUGGCGCGCAAUCCGAUAGCGCCUGCCAGAAUCCUAUAUGGUCCCCGUGUUGGUUCAACGCAUCUACCACAUGGCCCGUUUGGGGUACACAAAACACACACACACACACACACGACAGUUCAACCGUCGUUGCCGACGAUGUCCACCGUGUGCUCCACUGAACUGUGAGGCAGACACGGUGACUUGCGCAUGGAUUAGUUUAUAGUGGAUGUAGACUUGCGCAGCACCUGCCGCACUCUCUCCUCCCCCCCCCCACACCUGGACCCGGUGUUAAGACAGACCGGAGGCGAGGGAGGGCGCCGGCGGAUGGCGCGGUCGAGCCCGCACCUUGGCGUUCCACUCCACUUUCCCUGGUCCACACAGCAAAUGACCAGGUUUUGACCAACAACACCACAACAGGGGUCAGAAGGACGAGGAUGAUGACUGGGCAGCCAUGUCCACCACCUGUAUACUCAGCGGAAGCGCAAGCUCAUCUACCGGCAGGGGACCAGGUGUCAGAGAACUGCCAGCGCAUAGCAGGCUGCGAGGGCCAUGAUUUGCUGAUACUGGCAUAGCACACGCUUUCAGACCAACACCAAUACUAAUAAUCACUGCUAGGGUCACCACGACUGCCAGUUUGACCGUCGAUUUUGACGAUGUCCACUGUGUGCUCCACCGCAGGAUGAGAGCAGGGACGGUGAAUUAGUUUGCAGUAAUAGUGGACUUGCGCAGCAUCUACCACAUUCUCCUCCUCCACCUGGGCCCGGUUUCAAGACCUAGUCAAGAAAACUGAAGAUGAUUGAAGGCGCAGGUGGCUUGCGCGUGCCGCCACGCCACAGAUGCCGCAUUAAGAAAGAGCAAUUACAGCCUGAUUUUCAGUUCACCAGUCCAUCACUUCAUACAAACAUACACUAGGCUGGCUGCAAGGUCUGAAUUAUCCCGUCAGUUGGCAACCUUUCAAGCCAUGGCUAACCAUCACAACUGAUAACAUAGCUACCACCACCAGCUCAUUAGCUCCAUUUCCAUCCUCUCCUUACCGUCACCGCACAUUUGAAUCGCGCGUCAGUCUGGUCGGUUACUCGCGAAUUCAUCACACUGGGGUGGGCAGACCAGCGCCAGGAGCUCCGACAUACACCCAUCUCAUCCGCCCACGCUGCCCCAGAACAUUCGACCUUAUGCGCCCACAUAAAGAUGUUUGUUAAAAACUGAAAUCAGGAUCUCAUCACUGCACCCCUCUGUACCUGUACUGACACCCCUAAGAUGCAUACCAACCUACCCCACAAUCCCGUAUUCACACCUGACUCCCGUUACAUCAUGCCUCUUUCCUGCAGUAAGCAUGCUAUCUACAUUAUCAUCGUCGAAACGUCCUAUGCCAGUACAUACACAUCUAACGCCUAUGGUAAGCAUGUCUAUUGGUGUAUCAUGAAGGGGAAGUCGUUUGUGGCAUGUGCAGACGGGCUGCCAACCAUUGCGCCAGCACCUAUCCCCCUCAGUCGUUUUGACAUUGUCUUAUCAUUGUAGCAAGGUUGGCGAGGGAAGCCAUAGUGAGGUAGAUGUCCCGCAAGUCCGCCUCUCUAUAAAAUAAUUCACGCACAGGUCACCAGUGCUGCGCCCACUCCGUGUGGCACGCGCUGAAAAUCGUCGCUUGCGACAGUCACACUUCUGUGGGCCAGACUCCGUCUGUGUGCCAACAGCUGCGUUGCAGGUUAAUAACUCUCAUUCGGCAAAUCUUACGGGCAUGUUUGUCCUCCUCCUGCCCACCCUUCUGAUACAAUUUUGUCUACUAACUGUUCUUCGUAUUUCUGAAACUUUAGCGACGGAGUCGAGAUCGCCCUCGUCUACUACCGCACCGGCUACUCGCCUGAUCAGUUCCGAGGCGAGGUGAGUUCACUCAUGUCUGUCAGCGUCCACCUUCUGUUGUUAGCACUGUUUAGGUUCUGACAGGUUGUUUAGUUCACAGGCUUACAGCGGGACAUGAACCGCUUGAUUCUGUGUUUGAAAACUCCUAUGCUUCGAUCAUUAUUGAUCACAUGUUUGUUUCUCGCACUUCUGUCUGUAUGAAACCGCGACGUUCAUAUGCUCGCAUCUGUUUUGUGUGAAAUGAUUUGAUCCGCUUAAUGGAUUGUGCCUAGGCUUCAGCCGGUGUUGGAUAAGUCAGAUAACUUACAGUAGUCGUUUAUUUCUGGGCAACCUCCCGGUGAACAGGGAACUAUCGAAGAUUUCAAUAAACAGGGAGUUGAGGAAGUCGAUGGCGGGCCGGGCUCUGGGGACAUCACCAACAUAUACUGCGGCCCUUGCUGAAGUACGGAUGGUUCAGCUACCGUGGGCAUGUUUUCCUCGGCCAAUAGGGACAAGUCUUUUCUUGACGUUCCAUUCCAUUUCACAAGUUAGUCACACCGAUUGAGAUCGUUGUGCGGUUCUUAGUAAGGAGGGGGGGGAGGGUUGGAUGACUGACUGAAAGUGUCGUGACGGACCAGCACAUAACAGCAAGUGUACAAGUCUAAAUAUACACGUGGUUGUUCAGAGAUUAUUUCUCGCUAUUCAAGGAAAUUUCGAAUACGAAUUGACUAUGGUUGCACGCCUGAACACAUGGUAGCGAGCCUCAGCGGCUCUGGUGCGCUGUCAAUCAUUGUUAGCGUCUUAUUGGAGCUGGCCUGCUCGUCUUUUAGUGCAUGCAAAGUAGCUGCACAGUGUGGCUGAAAGGUGGCUGUGGAGAUUUGCCGCGCUCUACCAACCGGCGAAACUGGCAUGCGUGUACUCAUGUGCGUUGAAUACUCGGCCAAAGAACACCAAGUCUGACACUGCAAAUCCAUGUUUGACUGGUUUUAUGGCAGUCUGGUAUCAGUCAGUUACGCAUUCAGAAGAGUCUGAGCUCUAAUAGAAGAGAGGAGGCGAGCUCCAGGAGGUAGUCGCGAAGAGGCAGACACGAUCGCUGAAACAAGAGCUCUAUUAGCCUGACGUUUCCAAUUCUUACUCGAAUCGAUCACCAGAGACAGAAUCACAUAAGGGUAGUGGAUUGCCCGAGUGUUCACAGCCAGUAUGGCUUCAGUGUAGGUUUAGUCAGAGAAAGACUGUGUAACAUGUGAACUGCCAUUUUGUGAGACAUUCCUUGAAUCAAAGAGCAUCUUUCACCUCUACAAAUGUCCGGCUGUACAAAACCUACUUCGGUUGGUAACAUCAAGCAGUCCAUGUGCAGCCCAAUCUCAUUUUCCGUCGGCAGAGUUGACGCAUCUACGUGUGCCACACACGUGCGUGUCUCAGCGCACACAUGACCCAAACUUUACUGUGCUCGCGUCCCCCCGAAAAGAGUGGUCAGUCAAUCCGUAGGAAUAAAGAGGUAACACAGCCCGACCUUCAGACCAGAAAAAGACCGGAGCAUACCACUCGUUGAUAGCUGUCGAAGCCAUGGUGUUUACUACGUUGCGGUAGUUUAAGGAGCGUCAUAUUGAUUAUAAGUAGGAAAAGCGCAUACAUGGUCCGCGUUGAAUCGGCUCCACUGUAUUUCUUCAGGCAUGUGCCAAUAAUGUUCUCGCGCCAAGUCGGCUGACGUCACAUAGGGACUCCAUUUAACGAGCGUCACGCGUAGUCCUAUAGUCACAGCCAGGAAUAUGCGCACAGUCUGCCGGGUUCAUUAGCAGAGUUCAAUUCGUCGGGGGCUAAGAGGUGUUUCCGGUUUUGAAGACUGUAUACAUUCGCGUAUCCUCUGAGAUGGAGUUAACAAGUGACGACACCUCAGUCUACUGGCAUAGCAAGGUAAUCGCCUGCUGACCAUGUAACAGGCAGCCAAUUUGGUUGACUAGAUGUGGUUGCGGCUUUUUAUCUGAAUAACUUGCUAGAUUACAACCCCUCCGCAUCACUCUCUUUACAACCAACCUAGGUUGGUAUGGUUGAGUAGGGCGCGUAUCGCACAGGCUCAUCGAGGAGCGCAUCGAAGGUGCCACUACUGGUUUCUUGAUCACGAGAGGUGCUUGGGUAGUGCGAAACCUUAGCGCAGACUCCACGCUGGGGCUGAGUCUUUUCGGUCGUUGGUCUAUGCUUGUAGAAGAAAAGACUGGAAUCUCCGACCAUGGGGACUAAACCUCAAAAAAUUCGUCCGUUGACCGCAGUUUCAAUCUUGCUUGCGUGUAUCUAUUCCUUCUGUUCUGCCUCCUCGCCUUUCCUUUAUAUUUUUGUGAGAACACCGUGCCUAGCCUGGCUUCAAUGGUUAUGGGUAUUUUUGUAUUUUCGCAUAGGAAGACUGGGAGACGAAGGCCAUGUUGGAACGCAGCCUUGCAAUCAAGUGUCCCUCAGUUGAUUACCUCCUGGCCAACACCAAACUCGUGCAGACUGCUCUGGCCCAGCCCAACGUCCUAGAGAGGUUUUUCGGCAGGGAAAAGGACAGAAUUGACGGUCUUGUCUCUACCUUUGCACGUCAGUCUUUUCUGUCAACUGACUUUGAGCUCGCCUCAAAGGCCGAAAUUGAUGCAAUUGUCUCCGACUGCAUGCAGAACCCCACAAACUACGUGCUUAAACCUCAGAGGGAGGGUGGGGGAAACAAUAUAUUUGGUGGUAAGACAUUUCCCCAUCAACGGAGUCCUAUUUUCUUGGCUCAAAUUUUGCGCACUUCAACUGUGGGUUUGAUUUUAUUUCAAAAUGUAUCCAACAAACUAGCUUCGUUGCACUGCCUCUGCGCGUGCCCAUUUCCUCCUCGCCUGUAAGCCUUGCCAUCGUUCGAUCAUGAUUAAUUAAAAUGGGUGAUUUUGUGAGGAAAAGAAGAAGACACAUAACUUUCAAAUGCUGCCGCCCCAAAAUCCAACCUCGUUUUCUCCAUCUUAAGCCGGUAGGCUGUUCUGCCGGAGGAAGUCGUUUUGGGACUCUGCUGAUGUGCCUGCUUAGCCACUUGCGCUGUUAUGCCAUCCAACAGUUCGGCCGUCGGUGACUUGCGCAGAAUUAGUUUAUAGUGAUGGCCGGCUUGCGCAGCAUCUGCCACACUGUGGGCCCGGUAGUAGGGCUGCGUCAGGACGACCGGAAGCGUGUUCGGGCGCUGUGACUGACAAAACUGUACGGCCCGUCUACACGCGCCACACACGCACGACCUGGUCCAUGCGUAAUGUUGUCACGAGAAGGGACGGCUCGGAUCCCAUCUGAGUUGGGUAGUGCCACAGAGGCAAGAUUCAGAAGAAGCCAUUGAUUUUGACUUUCCGUCCUAAGAGGAGGACCGAGUUAUCCUGUCAGUUGGCAGCCUUUCAAAUCACAACGUUUAGCGCAAUCGUGAUAGUGCUGAGCGCGUCACGUUCUUUUUAACGAGAAAUGUGCCGUGGGAAUGGAUACCGCGACGUCGACCUCACCCUUUCUUCCCUCCCCCAUGCACCAGUCCGCUGUCCAAGCCGGUCAGCCAUCCGAUGCCGGGAUUUGGCGUUAGUGGCUGGCGUGGCGUGAGGCCUGCACCUAGCCACGCUAUCAAACUCCCCUCCGUGUACUGUAGGCGUGCUAGCUCGUGAAAUGUUAACCGAAAUUCUGAAAUGCGUUUUUGUUUCGAAAAGAUGACUUAAGUAGGGUUUUGGGAGUAGUCAUCAUGCAGCAUAAUUCUAUAAUAAUUCAGUUACCUCGAGAUGCCGUCUUUCGAAGGAACAUCUUUCCGGCCGCACGCAAAAACAACGCCCCGUAAAAAAAUGACUACUUAAAUAGCAUGCGUUUUUCUUAUUAAUUUUCUAUGCCCUUGAAAAUCCACUUAUAUUUCAUGGAAAACAUGCAUAAAAAUAUUCACUAUUUUACUCUUUUUGGUAGGAAAUUGUUUUCUUCCAAUUUAAAGCUCGAAGAAAGGGUAUAAUUUGGUUUUCUAAAACACUUCCAACACCUGAAUAAUUUUAAACCCGACCUGCCGUUACACAUGCAUUCAGAGUUUCCAGCCUACAAGUCCUACCUUUUCUGCGUACGGAAAACCGCACAUUUCUCUGCGGCAAUAAGAUGAAACCAUAUGGUGUCCAUAAAAUUUAACAGUGGAUUUCGGCCAUAUUAGAAAUUUUAUAAGCAUCAUUAGUAAAUGCGGGGACAAGGUGUUUUAUGAACAGAUAUUUCACGGUAUACAAAAUCUCAUGAUUAUCCACUUUUUCUUAAAUUGAAUUAUACCCUUCUGUCAAGUAUAAAAUUAGAAAAACACUUAAUGUUCUACCGAAUAAAUAAAAGAGUGGGUAUUUUUAUGCAUGUUUUCAAUGAAAUAUAAUUGAAUUUUCAAGGGCAUUGAAAACCAAUGAGAAAAGUGCAUGCUACAUAAGUAGUCAUUUUUUACAGGGCGUGGUUUUUGCAUACGGUCGGGAAGAUGUUCGUUCGAAAGACCACCUUUCGAGGUAACUGAAUUAUUAUAGAAUUAUUCUGUAUGAUGGUUACUCCUAAAACCCUACUUAAGUAAUCUUUUCGAAAAACAAAUGCAUUUCAGAAUUUUGGUUAGCAUCUCAUGAGUUAGCACACAUACUGUAUGUCAUUUAUUAUAAGAUGCGUGCUCUACGCAACCUGGUUAACGGGUACCGUGCCCUAGUCUGGCUCCCGUUCUGGUCUAACGUGACCUGUUUUGAGGGCGAUACACUGUUCGAUGACUCCAUGACUGAACUUUCAACAUGCCGACCAACCGCGUAUUUGUUCAAAAUGCUGGCAUUCUUUUCGGUCAUGCCUCCUUCACUUGUGACUUGGAACAGCAGGGAUCAAAAAUUAGUGCAAUGGUAGUUCUAGUGGGCACAGUAAAUUCGCAAUAAUUUAUGUGACCUAUUGCUGAUUUCCAACAUCCAACGCAAAUGACUGGCUUGCCAAUUGGUCGAUGAGUGCAUUAAUUUGGGCCCACACUAUUCUGCCCCAUUCUGUAAGUUAGUUUAGGACGUAACUUCGUGACUGCGAAAUACGCGGAAAUUCCUUAUUAUAGAGGAAUAACAUACACGUCCGUCAAAGAGCUGACUGUGGCAGCGGGUUGUUUGCAGAUGUACUGGAAUCUGAAUGUCAGUAGCUUACUGCGUUCCAGAAGUGUCUUGAGUGUUAGUUAUGCCAUCACCGGAGUAUUGGGCAUCUACAUGUGCGGUUAUUCAGAAACAAAACAGUCUUGUCCUUAGAUGCACUUUAGUUAGCUAUAGUAACCGAAAUAAUAGCGGCGGAUGAGAUCCGCUGUCGGCAGGCGUACCUGAGUCCCUAACGUUUCAGGUUGGCUUCUUACCCCAUUCAAUGUCGAACGGGGCUGUUAUAAAUUUUCGACGAACUCUGAAAGGCAUUCUAGGGCCUGAACAACAUCUCUCGCUGCAGUUCAUUUACGUGGUGAUCACAGGAGAAUCUUGAAUUGUAAUUCAUUUCUUUGGAACCACGUUGACAGCGAUUGUCCAAAUGCCUCCUCUCUUUUAACUAGAGUGGUUUUCUUUUCCUGCCUUUACUCCAACUUUGCCCUAUCUAGAUGCAAUUUGUGAGAAACUUCGGAGCAUACUGGGUAAACCUGAAGCCAACACCUUUAUCCUCAUGCAACGACUUCAGCCUCCUCUGGUGGAGAACUGCGUGGUCGGCCUAAACUAUCCUCCACCAGUUCGUCGUUCCAUGGUUUGUGAACUCGGAAUUUAUGGGGUUCUCCUCAGGUCUGUCGCAUUUGCCGUUUUACCUGUUGAAUCCGACUAAAGACCCUGCGAUAUUCCAGAAUACUUAUUACACGCGCUUUGAGGAUGUCUGUGCUAGUGUGUGCAUUGUUAGUUUGCGUUUUUAAUCAUGUACGUUGAAAGACAGGUAGUGUGCCAUCAACCUUCCCCUAUGAUUUACAGAAGCAACCCCUUGCAAUUGGCUUUUCCAACUAUCACGAUAUAUGUUGGUUCUAGUGAAAAGAUCACUCAAACUUCAGAGAGUUGGUUGUUUCGGAGUCUUUUGCUUGACGUAUCUUGAAUAUUGUUGUACUGGGUAUGUUCGAAACUCCUUUGCCAAGUGAUCUAAACCCGGCCAAAGAUCUCCGAUUCUGGCCCGUGUAUGUGUGCUAGAGUUCAUUCCUGUCCAGCUUAUGUCUUCGUUGGUUUCCUGGGAAACAUUUUGGACUCAGUUAACACCUCGGCCUGUAAGUGGCCUGCAUACGAGUUUGUUCGGUGGCAUGUCUCCAUCAUGCCCAUCGCCUGUCUGCCUAGCAUAUGCUGCUAGCAAAUUUCAACCUAGGUCUUUACUAUAGUUUAACUUUCUAGCCUUAAAGAAUUUUUGUGCUCAUUGUUUCCGCCUUCGCUGCACGCGCUGUACCCCCCCCCCCACUCCGGCCCUCUGCAAAACCAUGCGUUGUCCUCUUUUCUCAUUUUCAGCAACGGCGACGAUAUCAUCGAGAAUUACAGUGCCGGGCAUCUGCUUCGUUCGAAAUUCGUCGGAGUGGACGAGGGUGGCGUAGCUGCAGGUUUCGCCUGCCUGGACACACCAUAUCUCGUGUAG